AUUUUUACUGGAGGUUUUCUUCCUGUCAGCGACACAUGUAGAGAGAGAGCAGCUAACGGGACACGGGCAGACACAGACACAGAGGGAGCUCCGCAGAUUUAAUCGUCUCUCCGCAAAAUCACGCACUUUCUCGUGUGCGUAACGCUCGUGCGCACCAUGGACUUGUUUGGUCGCGGAGAGCACAUCGAGUUGUGAAGCAGCAGCAGCAGCAGCAGCAGCAGCGGCAGUGCGAUCCACGGAGAAAGAGUCCACAGUGGAAAUACUAUCUGAUAACUCCAUUUGCUCGUUUCCACUGAAACGCGAGCACGAGACGCCUCGCGGAGGUUCGCGUGGAGCCGGAGGAGCGAGCGAGCGACCGCGCGCGCGAUAGUGCGUCCGCCGCGCGAGUUUGUUUGUUUGUUUAUUUAUUAGUUUAUCAUUUAUCUAUCUACUUUUUUUGAGGUUGGACUGUUGUAGCUUUUUACCUGUUCACCUUUUCUCACCUUUAAAGUGCUGAACUUUACAACCAUCACGCUCCACGGAGAUACGCGAGGGACGAUGGUGAAUCCCGGAGGCAGCAGCCAGCCACCGCCGGUGGGCACGGGUUCUCUGUCCUGGAAGCGGUGCGCGGGGUGCGGUGGGAAAAUCGCUGACCGCUUCCUGCUCUACACCAUGGACAGCUACUGGCACAGCCGCUGCCUCAAGUGCUCCUGCUGCCAGGCCCAGCUGGGCGAAAUCGGCACGUCGUGCUACACGAAAAGCGGCAUGAUCCUGUGCAGAAACGACUACAUCAGGUUAUUCGGAAACAGCGGAGCUUGCAGCGCCUGUGGUCAGUCCAUUCCAGCCAGCGAACUGGUGAUGAGGGCACAGGGCAACGUGUACCACCUCAAGUGUUUCACAUGUUCCACCUGCCGGAACCGGCUCGUCCCAGGAGACCGGUUCCACUACAUCAACGGCAGCCUGUUCUGUGAACACGACCGACCCACAGCGCUCAUCAACGGCCAUUUGAGUUCACUGCAGACGAACCCGCUACUGCCUGACCAGAAGGUGUGUUAAGCAGGAGCUGUGCAGGAAGCAGGACGCGUGCCUUCAUUUAAGCCCCUCACUCAUCGUCACCCAAGACCGUGUGAAUCAGCGACGCCCCGGCCUUUCAGCUGUGCUCCCACAAAAGGAAAUCCUCUAGUCCUCAUCGUACCAGUGACUCGACUCUCAUUUCUGUAGACCCAGAAACCCCCAGCGCUCGGCCUCCAACCUCGGCGUUCCCCCACGUACGGGUGGAUACUUUGCACUUAACCGCACCUGAAUAAAAGCGCUGAGGACUCCACACGACCUUGGAAUAAAAAAAAAAAGAAGCCCGGAGACUGAUCGGAA